AUCAGAGUAACGCGCAUGAAUCCAUCUGCGCCGCUAAUGGUAUUGUUUACGGCGCAGCAGAGCGUCAGUGCGUUCACACCUCCGCGCGCUCUAAAGGCGGCUUGGUUUCGGUGCGCGAUGACCUUGACAUGGAUCACACGCGGCACUUCAAAGGCAGCGCGCGCGCUGCGGAUCAUCAAACGGCGCUGUAGUUUCUGUAAGUUUUGAAAGGAGCUUAAUUAAAGAGGCUCUGCAUCAGCGAACCCAAGUCAUUCCCUCCGAGGAGCGAGCAGAGAGCAAGACCAGACCGCGGAGCUGUCUGUCCUCGUUCUCUGUCCUCUGCCUUAUUCCUGCUGGUAUUACUAUGAAACACUUGGUGUGCGGGAUUUUGUGCGUGGCGCUGUGGGUGCGCUCGGUCUCCGCCACUGCGCUCGUCAGCAGGAAGCGCGGAUCCGCUAAAGGACCGUAUCCGCUCUACAUGAUGCACCUCUACCGCACUUUACUGGCCGGAGACGCAAAGAAAUUAGCGGGGACUUCGAGCGCGGGGAUCGGAUACGAACAUCCAUCUCUGCACCACUCCGACUCGGUGCUCAGCCUCGUCGCCAAAAGUUGCUACCAGGUGGGUGACAAGUGGGCCGUCACGUUUGACAUGUCCUCCAUCUCGGCGAGCGACGAUGUGCAGCGCUCAGAGCUGCGCCUGCGCCUCCCGGACUUCUCCGCCUCUGAGAACCCCGUGGUGGACAUCUACCACGCUCCCAAAGGCGCCCAGGAGCGUCUUCACCUGGGUCGCAUUGACGCCGCGUCGAGCACGUCUCCAUCCUCACACUCCUCUUGGAGAGUCCUGAAUAUCACCCAGCUGCUGAAGUACUGGCUGCACCAGGGGGGUCUGCCUCCCACCCAGGUUCACUGGGACGAAGGGGCACCCCAGGACCUUGAGAAUGCCAUCCAGCAUCCGACAGCCAACAGCGUCAUGAUGGUGGUUUACUCCAAGCAGGUGAGGACAGAAGCGUCUACGCUGAUCCGCACAGCUGAGCACUCCAAGUAUGUGGCUCAGGAUCGGGCGCUGUCUGAGCCCGUGGCCCGGAGACACAAACGCAACCACCGGGCGCACAAGAGGGUGAGCGAGGCAGCAGGGGACAGCGCGAUCCCAGCACUCACACAAGUCGAGGGUGAAAAGAAGACCCUGUGCCGGAAGGUGGACAUGUGGGUGGACUUUGACCAGAUUGGCUGGAGUGAGUGGAUUAUUUAUCCAAAGAGAUACAACGCAUACCGCUGUGAAGGUGGCUGCCCUACGCCGGUGGACGAGUCGUUCACUCCGACGAAUCACGCAUACAUGCAGAGCCUGUUGAAGCUGCACCAACCGGACCGCGUCCCGUGUCCAUCCUGCGUACCUACACGCCUGGCUCCUCUCUCCAUGCUCUACUAUGAGAAUGGGAAGAUGGUGAUGAGGCAUCACGAAGGCAUGGUGGCGGAGGCAUGCGGCUGCCACUGAUCUAACUCUCAAACACCGAGCCAAAUCGACUUCAGCACUUACGGCGUCUUUACCUGCCCAUCCCCAACAACGAGAGACUGCCAGAGAACUUUAGCACUAAGCAGAGAGACAAUGUAGAAAUGUGGACAAUGCACAAAAACAUUUCUUCACCAUUGGUCAGAAACUUAGCCCUUUCAUACACCAGUGAUGGACGAUUCGUUCCUUUUAAAUGAUUCAGUUAAGUGAAUCGAUUCUCAGGGAUGCAUGAACCAUUUUUUAAAGAUUGACAUUUGAUAUUGUAUCAUGCUCAGGGUUUUAAGACUAGCCAUUCUGACUGGCUAAUAAAUUUAUAGAUUCACUUGAACAGCUAGUUCAAAAGAAUCGAAUCAGUUAAGUGAAUCACUACACUGUGUUAUACUUAGAAUAAAUAACUGCUCCUAUGAGUUAGAUACUCAACAGCUAGAUAUUAUCUCCAGUGCCUUACUUUUUCGUGUUUAUAAACUGUAUAAUGUUUGUACAUAUGGGAUCUGACAAAUGUAAUGAAAUAUAUUUUAUGCAUAUUUAGUAAA